GCCAUUAGGCUCUAGUGGUCCAAGAUGGAUCUAGCCUUAAUAUGAUAUCUAUGAUUACAACAGUGUGAGACAUUAGAUGCUAGCAACGGCUAACGUAAGCAAUUCUACUUUAAUCAACUUCAGUCGAACCAUUGAAAUCCAAUUUUUGGAGGAUUCCCCACGGACUUUGUGAGAAUGUUGGCUACUGGAGCCGCUGUCACCAAUGUCACGGCCUUGGCUCAGGUCGACCGGGAGAAGAUUUAUCAAUGGAUCAAUGAGUUGUCCAGCCCGGAGACGCGAGAGAAUGCCUUGCUGGAGCUCAGCAAGAAACGGGAAUCUGUGCCAGACUUGGCACCCAUGCUCUGGCACUCCUGUGGCACCAUCGCAGCACUUUUGCAGGAAAUAGUCAACAUUUAUCCAUCUAUAAACCCGCCAACGUUGACAGCUCAUCAGUCGAACAGAGUGUGCAACGCGUUAGCGCUCCUUCAGUGUGUUGCCUCACACCCGGAAACGAGGUCAGCCUUUCUCGCAGCCCAUAUCCCCCUCUUUCUGUAUCCUUUUCUCCAUACGGUCAGCAAAACGCGACCGUUCGAGUACCUGCGACUUACUAGCCUCGGAGUCAUAGGUGCUCUGGUCAAAACGGACGAGCAGGAAGUGAUAAACUUCCUCCUUACGACUGAAAUCAUCCCGUUGUGUCUCCGUAUUAUGGAAUCAGGGAGUGAACUGUCAAAGACGGUUGCAACUUUCAUCCUGCAGAAGAUACUGUUGGACGACACAGGGCUGGCCUACAUCUGCCAGACAUACGAGCGAUUCUCCCAUGUGGCCAUGAUCCUCGGCAAAAUGGUUUUGCAGUUGUCCAAAGAGCCUUCCGCACGUCUGCUGAAGCACGUGGUCCGAUGCUAUCUGCGCCUCUCGGACAAUCUAAGAGCCAGAGAAGCUCUGCGGCAGUGUCUACCCGACCAGCUGAAAGACAGCACCUUCGUCCAGGUACUGAAGGAGGACACCACCACAAAGCGCUGGCUGGCCCAGUUGGUGAAGAACCUCCAGGAGGGUCAAGUGACCGACGCCCGUGGCAUCCCGUUGGCACCGCAGUGAUGUCCUCGAAGUCAUUUUGCCUUUUUCCAAAUGCGGUGCUAAGACUGUCUGUGUCGUGAAGGGCUCCAUUUACAUUCGAUCCAGUUUGAAUUUGAUUUGGUCUCAUUUGAAAGCCUCUUCGUUUACUCUCAAUUUUUUUUCCAAACUGAUAUUAGUUCACAAUGUACUAAUUUGUGGCUAUGAAAUUGUUCUAAUAUGCAGACAUGAUACAUAUUUCAUGGCCACAAAUUAGGUGCAUGUUAUAGACACAGUUGAAUACUCAUAGUCUCUGGAGCCACAUGUGUAAUUUUGGGGUAUUCUGUGUACAUUUUUAGCCACGUAUGAAAUAUGUUACGGUUAUUUUUUCCCCUGUGUGUAUAUGUACCAUAACACAUGGAAAACUGUAAAUACCUUCAGUACUGAUGUAAUUAGCAGAUGUCAAUUUCAGGCACAUCAAAGACUGCCAGCCCUUUGUAAAGGUUUUGGGCUAUUUUUUUUUCUGCAGUUUCCAGUACGUAACAGUUAAACAAUAAGAUUGUUCAUUUUGAGAUAAAUAAAAACUUUUUAAACCUG